ACUUCCUCCUCAGGGGCCUCCAGAAAACCGCAGAGCUCGGGGCCAGGGCAGGCCAUCCCCGGGGAGCCGACAGGAUGGCUGAGGGCAAGGCGGGCGGCGCUGCCGGCCUCUUUGCCAAGCAGGUGCAGAAGAAGUUCAGCAGAGCCCAGGAGAAGGUACUACAGAAGUUGGGGAAAACUGUGGAAACCAAAGAUGAACGGUUUGAACAAAAUGCCAAUAACUUCUACCAUCAGCAGACAGAAGGCCUCAAGCUAUACAAGGACCUGAAGAACUUCCUUAGUGCAGUCAAAGUGAUGCAUGAAAGUUCAAAGAAAGUGUCAGAAACCCUGCAGGAGAUCUACAGCAGCGAGUGGGACGGGCAUGAGGAUCUAAAGGCCAUUGUAGGGAAUAAUGAUCUCCUUUGGGAAGACUAUGAAGAGAAACUAGCUGACCAAGCUUUGAGGACCAUGGAAAACUAUGUCGCCCAGUUUGGCGAGAUUAAGGAAAGAAUCUCCAAGCGGGGUCGGAAACUCGUGGAUUAUGACAGUGCCCGACACCACCUGGAGGCGGUACAGAAUGCCAAGAAGAAAGAUGAGGCCAAAACUGCCAAGGCAGAGGAAGAGUUCAACAAAGCCCAGGCUGUGUUUGAAGAGCUGAACCAGGAACUGCUAGAGGAGUUGCCUGUUCUUUAUAACAGUCGUAUUGGCUGUUAUGUGACCAUCUUCCAAAACAUUUCCAACCUCAGGGACGUCUUCUACAGGGAGAUGAGCAAGCUGAACCACAAUCUCUACGAGGUGAUGAGCAAACUGGAGAAGCAACAUUCCAACAAGGUCUUUGUGGUGAAGGGACUAUCAAGCAGACGCUCCUUAGUCAUCUCUUCCCCAGUUCAAACAUCUUCAGUCUCCAGCCCUCUUACCUCACCUACUAGUCCCUCUGUACCUCCCUUGAAGAGUGCGAGGGAUUCCAUCUCAGUAAGUGAAGAAGAGCUGACAUCUGAUCCAACCCAGGGAGAAGACAAAUCUGAAAUUAAAGAAGAGCCCUUCAAAGACAAGGAAAUGGAGGAGGAAGAAGCUGAAGCAAGCUCCUCUGAGGAGGAAGAGCCUCAGCCAGCCUGCAAUGGCCCCACCCAGGCCCUGUCCUCUCCCACCGUUGAGGGUGGCGAGUCCCAGGAGGAAGCUGCCCCUAGCUCCCCAGCUCCAUCACCAGACAGAGCUCUGAUCCCUUCAGAGCAGCCUUCAUCUCUCCCAGAAGUAGUCCUCCGAACCCGAACCUCAAGUGAAGGGUCUGAACAACAAAAGAAGAGAGCCUCUCUCCAGAGGACCUCAGCACCCCCUAAUAGGCCUCCUCCACCCAGAGCUACUCCCAGCCGUAGGACCUCCUCAGGGAACACACCCUCCAGCCCUGCAGCCUCUGACCAGGGUUCACCCACCAGCUCCAGGGCCUCCUUGGGAGCUGGGACUCCAAGUCCUAGGGCCUCCUCGGACGUCUUUUUUGAUGCACAGCCACCAGAGAAGCCAGUAAGAACUUCUGAGUCCCGAGAAAAAGAAAACACUGACAAUGUGAACCCAGAAGAACUUUGUACUUCCCCCGCCUCGAUGGUCCCUGAGGUGUUUUCAGAGUCUGGCUAUGUGAGGAAGAUGGAAGAGGAUGAAGAGAACAAAAAGCUUACCUCGGAUGACUCCCCUGAGAGCCAAGGCCUCCAGCUUCACAUCUCUGCGGUUCCAGAAGAGAGUAACGUCACAGCACCCGAGCCUCAAGAAGAGGCAUCUACAAUGCGAAGUGCAGAACGCUGAAGCAGAACGGCCAACACCUCCCCCCGCAGACACAUCUUAGAGAAACUCCUCAGCUAGAGGGUACAUAGGUCAGAGGGACUUAAGUACGAUCCAGCAUUCAUUUCUAGGCUCUGAAACAACAUGGAUGCUAGUGGUCCCUAAAGACCCAGCAUUAAUGGAGGCUGAGGAGCAGACUUAGGGCAGGGAGGGGGACAGGCUUGGGGGAAGAGAUUGUUCGACUCAGGGAAUAUUUAAUUCAGGUUGUAGCAUUGUUAGAAUAAUGAGACUUGACAUAUUAAUUAAAGUAGGGCUAACAUGACUAUAAAAAGCAAAAGCAACUAUAGACACAGACACAUAUAUAACCACACCUCCUCAGAGACUAGAAAACAAAUCUUUGAUUUACCACUCAUUUUACAAGACUUAAAGGCAAAAGAACAUAUUUUCAGGUUGUUAAAUAAAGUAUUAUUCUA